AUCAGAUUAGCAAAUAUUGUCAUAAGAAUUCAUCAAACGAUGAUUCCAAAAACCAAUUACAGCAUUAAUUGUGUUUAUGAAUUGGAAAAUUGUCCGGAUUGCGAUAAGGAAAUCUCAAAUUUAAUUGAAUCGAUCUAAGGAAAGUACCAGAAGAUUACAUUUGAGAGUUUACAUUUCAUUUACGAUGAAUUACUUGACAGUAAUUCUUGUCAUCAUAAAAUGUAUCACAUUUAUCACCUGUCUCAAAUGUAACAUAAAAUGCCCAAAUGAAGACAGAUUUGAAUGCGGCUUGGAUAUGAAAAAUUCUGCUUACAAAUUGUUUACUAACGCAUGCUCUAUGAAGGCUUAUGCGCGCUGUACUGGGAGCGAAUACAUUCCCGUACCAUUAAGUUCUUGUAUGAGGAAACAUAAUAGACAAAUUAUAAGAAAAAUGUAUAAAAGCAUAUAUGGUGAUAGUUGUCCUACAUUUUGUCCUGAAUAUUACCGUCCUGUUUGUGGUGUAUCACAACUGAGGGAUUACGAAUAUAAAACAUUUAGAAACGGUUGUUACUUCGAUUUGGUGAAUUGUAGAGGCAUUGAAGAUUAUUCAUAUCAAGAAGUAUCUUUGAAAUUCUGUCAAAAUCAUUAUAUGAAAAAUAUAUUCUCGGAGCAACUGAUUACAAAUAACAUGAAGAAGUACAAGGAAUUUUUGUCGUGAACACGAUUUGAAAUAAAAUAGGCAAAAACAACGAUGCUUUAGUUUACAUUACUUCUAUUUAUAUUGAUGUCACCGACCGAUCAUGAAUUUCGCUAUUUUUUAAGUUCCCUGAGCGAUAAGAAAGAACUUGGAAAAUCUGAUACAGGACAUUAAGAAAGAUACAAAAUAAAAAAGUUAUGUUUAUUGACAAUUUAAAAUUGUCUAGACAAAUUACGACCGGACGGCAUUGGAGAUAGAAUAUGCAACAUUGCACACAAGCUUCCCUUACACUAUUAGUAUUCCUUCAACAAAGUAGUUAAUAGCUUCUUGCAACUUCCAUGCUCAAUCAAGCUUAACCACAGAGCGGUCCAAACUAUAAAGUUUAGCGCUAAUUACCUGUUCCGAUACUGUAGUCUUAGUUCCUCUGCCAUUAUUUUAUGUUACG